CUAAACCAAAACAUGGCGGUAACAAGAAAAGUAAAAACAAGGAACGAAGUCAAGAUAAUCAACAUGUUCGGUAACACAAAUUGAUGUGCAUGAGUGCAUAAAUGAUUGAAGUUGCUGUUUAAAUCAUGGAUAUAGAAGAAGAAAGUUCCAAUUGUGGUAUUCUAGAUUUGUAUGGUGAUUUGAUCACAGAUGAAAAUAUUCAGAAGCAUGAAGACUAUGAAGAGCUUGAUAAAAACUACAAAGAAGCUUUAGAUAGAAUAACCAGCUUAGAAAAAGAUUUGGAUGAAAGUCGUAAUACUGAAACAGAGUUAAAGAAGAAGAUAGAGACACUAGAGAAGAAUUCUUCAGCUUUAUUAAUAACUGCCAGAGCAGAGCUACAGAGAAAAGACAGGGAACUAGCUAGUCUUAGGAGAAGUGAAGGAAAUGAUGGGGUGUCCUUAUUCAGAAAGAGAAUGCAUCAUCAAAAUUUUAGACAAAGAAGAGAAAGUAGCAAUAGCCCAAGUGACAGUGAGAGACAAAGUAUGGAUAUACAACCUCCUUUACAGGGUACCAGUAGACCACCUCCUUUACAGGGUACCAGUAGAAAGGAUAAUACUGCGGCAGAUGGUGGUGUUCCAGAUCUGUACCACUUUGAUGAUAAGGAGAACAUUGAAAAUGAUCUCAAGCAAUCACGCAAACGAAAACAUAGCACAGAAACGGAAAAUCUUGUUAAAAGUGAUUCAAAGAAAUACAGAUAUGAGAAUGCUAGAAAUGAAAGAUUAAGGGUUAGUAAUGAAAGGAGUAGAAGGCAUGAUACAGACCAAAGAUUAGCCAGAGGGUCUUCUGUAGUGCCUCACUCAAGUAAACAGGACACUGCUAGACGAUUAUUACAAAAGAGUAAAAAGGAUCUUCGUAGAAAGUCUGGUGAUUUAAUGAAACAUGUGUCUUCAAAAUCAAAUCUUGAUAAAGUGACAGAACAUGAUGAUAUGAAACAUUCAGAGAGGGAAAGUCAGUACGAAUCUGAUAAGACUAGAAAUUUAAAAUCACAAUCAAAAGAAAAAGAAACUAAGCAAAGAUCACAUAACUCAAAGGAAAGAUCCUCAACUCCAGAUCAGAGACCAUUACGAGUUGAUUCACCUUCCAUUAAGAGGAUUAGGAAAAUUGAUGAGAGAUCACCAAGGAGAUUUGAAAGAUCUCCAAGAAUGAAAUAUGAGUCUUCCUCAAAUAACAGCAGACGAAAUAGGAGUGAUAGUAGAGAAAGUUAUUCAAAACAACAAAGUAAAAGUCCUCAUGAAUGUCAUUCCAGGAGGGACAGACUCCCAUCAAGAAAACGAAAUUAUUCAGAUGAAGAAUCAGACAGUGAUUUGAAACAAAGAAAAAUACGGGGAACACCUGAAAAGCUCUAUUCUAUGAAGAAAUCUCCUAAAAAGAUCACUGAUAGAGAUAAAGGGGAAUUACACAAUAAAAAUCAGGAAGAUAAAGUUAUUGAGAAAAAGUUUAAGUCUGUUUCCAUAUCCCCAGAUAAACUCAAAAGAAGUCCAAAAAAUGAGAAAUCUAAAUCUACCUCAACUACUAAUACUUCUGAAAAGGCUAUUGAGAAAAAGGAUAAUUCUGUGUCCAUAUCACCAGACAAACUUCCAAAAAGUCCACAAAAUGAGAAACCUAAUUCUACCUCAACUACUAAUACUACAGAUGGAAAGGAAAACAAUGAAAUGAACAUUAUACAAGGUAAACAUUCCAGAAGUAAAAGUAAAGAAAUAAUGGAAGACAAGAAUAAAACAGAUUCAAAAAAUUCUAGCAGUAAGGAUAAAAACCUUGGAAAUAGUUUGAAAAGCUCACCAGUAAAGAAAUUAUCGGAUGGUAAGAAACAGUAUGAAAAAGAAUGUAAGUUAACAUCUGAUAAAAGUAAAAACAAGGAUUUUGAUGAAUGGAAUGCCUUGAACUAUAGAACAAUCACACCAGAAAAAAUAUCUGAUAAGAAAGACAAAGGUGAAAACAAAUAUGUGAAACCAAAGAGCAGUAGGAAUGAUGACAAGGUUUUAGAAGUAGAAAGCUCUCCAAAAUUAAAGUCAUGCGUUGUAAUUACUUCUAAACACAAAUCAAUUGAUAGAGAUGUUAGUCAUUCAUCUAAACAUUUGGAUAAAAGUAAAUCACGAAAACUUUCAAAGAAAGAGUCAUCUCGCCAAAAACACACUGAGAAAGAUAGAAAACAUGAAUUCUCAAAGAAGGAAGAUACUAAAGAGAAAAAUAUAAAACGAAGAAAGGAACAAAAGAUUGCUCAGAAUGAUGAAUCUAUUGAUGAUGAAGAUGAUAAUGAAUUGGAUACUGAACAUUUAUUUGACCUUCAAAAAGACAGGGAGGCACUCCUGAAGGAAAUUGAAAUGUUAGCUCAAUUAAAUUCACAGACAGAAGAAUCUGACAGUGAAAUACAUCCAGAUAUGAUUGAAGACAGUGUUUAUUUAUCUAGUAAAAAUUCUGAAAAAAGUGGUUCAGAGGUUAAUGAUUCCUCCACAAAAAAACAAAAUAUUUGCCACAAAGAUAAAACAAUGAGCCCAUUUAGACAUGAUGACUUAAAAUCUAAAACAUAUAAAGGAAAAGAUGAUAAAAAAGAAUCUGACAUCAAAAUUGAAAAGAAAUCAUCUAGUAUAAUUGAAAAAGAAAAGGAAACUGAUAAAAACGCUAGUGUUUUGAAAAAAGGAAUCAGUAAUAAUUCUGCUGAAGUUAAUAGUGAUGGAACAAAUACAAGUUCUAAAACUAGGCAUGAUUCAUUUCCAAACACAUAUUUGGAUGAUUCUAUUAGAAAAAUUGACAGUAAUGAAGAAACUAAGAAAAUAUCCCCACACAUUACAGAAAAAACACAUAAACAUAAAAAGCAAAAGAAACGUGACAGAGAUAAGAAAAGGAAAAGUGAUGUAAACAAUGACUUAGAAAAGAAAGAAGAAAGCAGGAAUGAAGGAAGAAAGCACACCAUUAAGGAAACAAUUUCUCCUCAGCAAGAUAAUAAUCUCAUAGAUGAUAUUCAAGUGGUUACAAAUACUAAUAGUGUUGAAGAGGUCCAAAACAUUUCUAAUCUUGAUACUUUUAGAACAGUCACAUCCACUACAGAAAGUGUUCUGGAUAUAAGUUACAAUCCUCUUGAUGAAUUUCCUGUCAAAGAGACAAACUCUCAAAGGGUUUGUUCUAAAAAUAAAACUUCUAAUAUGGAUCAAGUGCUUACUAAUGAUAACGAAUCUUCAAAAAAUAUCCAGUUAGUAGACAAAAUGUGUGAUGAUUCAAAUGAAAUAGACAUGAUCGAUAACACAUCACAUACAGCCAAUAGCAAUUUGAUAUCCAACAUGUCCAAAGAAGAAAACGUAAAAUGCAAAAACCUAAAUGAAGAGCAUAAAACUACAGAGAAUGAUGUUAGAGAUGAAAAAUGUAAAACUUCACAUGAUUUAGAGAAAACUGACAUUCAGGUAUUGGACAAAGGUAAAAUGCUAGAAAAAGAAACUCUCUGCGAUACCAAGAUUGAAAUACCAAAUGAUUCCAAUAACAUAGACAUUAUAAACUCUUCAACAGAAACUGGAAGCAUUGUAAGUGAUGCCAUUUCAAACCUUGAAGGUAUGAAAAAUAAGCAGGAAAGCCAAGAUACAGUUUUAAACCCUGAUAGUAUAGAAAAUAAACAAGAAAGCCAAAACACAAUUUUAAUCUCUGAUAGUAUAAAAAAUAAAGAAAUCCAAGAUAAAAUUCAUGAAACAAGUGCUAAUAGAACUCUUAAAAGUGAUGAAGAUGACAUAGAGGAAGGGGAAAUAACAAGUGAUUCAGAAGAUGAAAUUAAGGAAUGUAAUAAGGAAAGAACUAACCUCAAAGAUCGAAACAAACUAAAGGAUGAAAGAAAAUGCAGACAUGAUAAACCGGAUGAAUCACGACACCACCUGUCAAGAGAGAAACUUGAAUCUGGUGUUAUGGACAGAAAAAGACGGGACUCUACAAGUUACAAAGAUGAUAAACUUGAUUCUGGUGUUAGGGAUAGAAAAAGACGUGUUUCAACAAGUCAUAAAGAUGAGAAACAUAGAGUAGACAAAUCAAUUGGCGAAAAAGAGAUAACAGAAUCAAGAUUUAACAUUCAUAAUCAGAGUGAACAUUCGAAAUGCAAUGAUAGGGAACGAAACCUCAAAGUGCUAAAUGACAGAAAAGAACGUUUUAGUAAGAAGGAUGAAACAAAGUUGAAGGAUAAAGAAAAGACAAAAUGUGAUAAAUUAAGUCAUGAAAAGGACAUGAAAGAGGAAAAAAGAAAAGAUGGAAAAUAUUCUGAUGAUAGAAGUAGAAUAAGAGGAAACAGUACAAAUAAACAUAAUGAACUAAAAAAUGAAAAUGACAAAAAGAAAAGUGAGAAACAUAGAGAUGAUAAAAAGGAUGAAAAGAAAGAUAUCAGUAGGCGUAACAUUGAAGACAAACAUAUUGAUAAACAUAAGUAUGAAGACAAAAGUUCAACAACUAAGGAACAGAGGAAGAAAAAUGCUGAUGAAUUACAAAAAUCUAGUGACAAAUAUGACGGUAAAGAUAGCCAUUCAAAUAUAGCUAGGAAAAGAAGGAAAUCAAAGGAGGAAGAAAAGCUUCAACUUCAAUUUACAAUCAGAAAUGAACGUGCAAUAGAUGAUAAAAUACAACCCAAAAGUGCUAAAGACAUAUUACAUGAAAAAGACAAAAGUGUAUUAAAGCAUGAUUCUUUACAACCAGGAGACACAUGUAGUUCUCAGGGAAACAGUGUACAGUUGAGAUAUAAACAUAACAGUGAUUCAAGCAAAGAAGAAGAUAUUCAAGUUCAUAAAAAGAAAAAAUCAUAUAGUGCUUUACAAACAGACCCAAAUGAUGAAAGAUUAAAAAUCAGGGGGAAAGAUACUGCUGAAAAGCCUCAUUUGAAAUCUGAAUCUGUGCAUAAAAAAUAUAAACAGUUUGAUAUAGAGGACCAUGAAGAUGUAUUUGAACAUGAGAAAAAAGAUGAUGAUAAGCAAUAUCAGUCAUGCAAUGAAACUGAAUUUAGAAAUAUUCAAGAUGACAAUGAAGUGUCCUUAAAAAGGGAUUUUCAAAUAAAGGAAAUCACAGGUACUAAGAAAUAUGUAAUUGCUGAAUCGGAUAGUUAUGUUAAAAGUAAACCUCAUAUUUCUGAAGAUAAAGUGGAUUUGCAUCAGAGUGGAAAAGAAAAAGAAAUAGUUGCAGAUUCUAAUGAAAAUAUAAGAAAAUCAAAGGCUAAACAGAGACAUAGACGAAAAUCUUCAACCACAGAGAAAGAAUCCAGAAAAAAUAGAGAUAUGAAUUCAGAUGUUGGAAUUAAACUAAAGGCCACAUCUAAUUCCAAAGAAAUUCAAGAUGAGAAACAGGUAAAAGGAAAUGUCAUGGAGAACAUAACAGAACAAAAAGUUAAAGAAAUUGAUAAAGAAAUUUGCGAAGAAUUGCCAGAUUAUGCCCCUGAAAAUAAAUCUAUUAUAACAGGGACAGAUAUUGAAUAUGAGAAACUUAAACCAUAUUCCAAAGAUACCAAUACCUCAGAUACAUCUUACCUGAAAGCAUUACAAGGAACACUAGAAGAUAAAAAUGUCAUAAAAGAUUCUCGUACAAGUCAAGAAAGUGAUGAAGAUAUUGAUAUUGAUAUAGUAGACAUUGAAAAUCUUGAUGAUGACAACUGUUAUGAGAAACAAAGUGAUCAGUUAAGACAGGUUUCAGAAUCUUUGUUAGCAUGUUCUUGUGCUAGAAUGAGAAUUUGGCAUAGACAGCCAAAACAUGGUGAAACUAAUGUUACAAUUGAACAUUGUGAAAUACAAAAAGAAGGAGUACAAAGACAAAAUUCUGGUGAUGACAUAAAUAUAGAUGAAAUGCAUACAAGUGAUGCAUCAGAAAGUGUUAGUGAUUCUCAAACUUUUGAUGAAUCUUAUUGUGCAUCUCAAAAAGGACAUUUAUCUACGAACACUGCACCAAGAGGGGUUUACUAUCAAAAACAGGUUAAUAACAAACAGGAAAGUUCUGAAACUAGCACUGAUACUGAAAAUAAUAGAUUAAAUGUUUAUAAUAAAGACACUACAACAGUCGGUACAGAUUUUAUGGAAAAUGUAACUAACGAAACAGUAGAAUUGCCUCACUCAGAUGUUCAGCAUCUUGAUGAUGCUGAAAGUAGUCACCAGGGCUUGAAACAAGGAUAUAAAAUUCCCAAAAUAAAACUAUCUGACAAAAAACAUGUUGUUAGGCACAAGGAAGAAAAAGAGGAGAAAAGGUCUGAUGGGAAAGAAUUAAAACAUAAACAUAAAAGCAGAAGUUUUAAACAUGACUUAGAGAGAACUAAAGUGGAUAAACAGGAUAAAGAAAAAAGAUUUGAUGAGAGAAGUAAUGAAACUAGUAAACACAGGACUGUAGAACUAAGGAAACUUCAUAGAUGUAUUUCGCUUCAUGAUGAUGAAAGUUCUAAAACUAAAAAAAUAAAAAGUAGAAGUAUAUCUUCAGACGAAAGGCUCAUUAAAAAAUCAGAUUUACAAUAUCAAGGUGACACAGGUACUAGCCAGAGACAAACAAGUCAUAGUACUGAGUUUAGAGAAAGUAAGAGAGAAUAAAACAAUGGUCAAAGUUGGUGCAUAAAUAGACUGUUAAAAAAUACACUAAAGAGCAAACACCUGUAAUUAAAUUUGUAAUUUUGAGACGUGUAGUUAACCACCUUUAUGGUUGAAUUAUUCUUGUGUUUAAUAUCUUAUUAAUAAUGGAGUAUUUCAUCUUAGAUCAUCAUAAUAAUGAUAAGUUGAAUUAUACUUCACUAAAUUCCAAAAAAAAGACACUCUUUAUCACUUUUAUUCAAGAUAUUGUAAUUCAGACAUGAUGCUAGUUUGUUGUUUUUAUUUAAAUAUCUUUAUAAAUUUAUUAACACUUGUUCAUAGUGAAGUAAAAUCUAAAUAAUUUGUAACACUGAGUGGAACUUUUGAAAGAAUGUGAACUGUCGGGCAGAACCAUUUUUGAUAAUCAUGACUAUUGUUUGAUAUAGGUGAGAUAGAAGUUGUGUUUUUUCUCCCAUAUUUAAUAAACCUUGGUAAGCAUUUGUUUAUUUUUUCUCCCAUAUUUGAUAAACCUUGUUGAAGUGUUUGUUAGGAAACAAACUUUGGAUGACUGUUAUAGAUAUCACAGAUUCAUAGACAAAACCUAUUUAAUAUCAUUUUUUUUGUACUGAAUUGUUUUACCAAAAACCAAAAUAUAAUGAAUCUGAGUCUGCAAUACACAAUUUAUAAUUAUAAAAUUAUAUAUGAAAUUGAUAAAACUUAGGGAUAGAUAUCUAUGAUAACCUAGGUGCAUGUGGGAACUUAAGUUAUGUAAUCAUAUCAAAGAAAACCUAAACACAAAUUUAAAGACCCCAAAUAUUGUACAAUAUUUGCUGAGUUAAUCUAUUAAAUGGAAAUAAUAUUAUAUUACGGAUUACAAAUGUGUUGAGGUUUGUGAUUGGAUAACAACACAGAGAUGUCAGUAUAUAUCUAGGAAACUGCCUGCCGGGGUAUAUACAAGGUUUUAUCCCCAAUUGGAACCUCAAAGACGUAGUAAAAAACUAUCCGACUGUCAUAGGGAAAAUAAUGAUGUGCUUCAGUCAAUAAUACAUUUUUGAUACAAAAUCACGCAAUAUACACUUAAUACUUAAAUUUAAUGUUAAAAUUGUUAUUUUAAAUGAUUACAUACACGAUAAAAUUAUGUUCACAGCAAAUUAGAAAAUCCUUCACGUAUGCUGAUCAUACCAGGGUUGGUUUUUCAAUAUAUAUGUGUUGUCAACAAAUACCUGCACUGGAAAAUAACAUUAACACAGGGGUAAUCCGUAAUAUAUGUGUAAUUCAGGUCUCAGAAAGGGUAUAUACUGUGACAUUCCUGGCUUAGGGCUUAUAUCCCCUUUCGCCAUCGGCUCAGGGGAUAUAAAGCUGGGAAUGUCACAGUAUAUACCCUGGCUGAGACCUGAAUAACAUAUAAUAUUCCAUGUAAGGAAAGAGAUUGUUUCUACUAUGUUUAUUUUAUUAAAGGCACAAACAGCAACAAAUUUGUGAAUAAAAGUAUGUUAAUUAGCAAUGAUUAGAAAAUAUUUAAAGUGAACAUAUGAUUGCAUAUAUAGCAUGUAUAGGUAUACAUAUUGUACUAACUAUUUAUUAUUAGCUGAAAACACCUAACCAACUAAUGUGUUCUUUCAAAACAAUGUUGUUUUUGAGAGUUAUUUGUAGUUGAAGAAAUUACUGUGUUACUCAUGUUAUAUGAUUUAUAUUUUUUCUGUGUUAAAUGUUGUUUUGAAUUUUAAGUCUUUAUACUUUUCUUUAUUGAAAAUAACAUGUAUGAAUCUAUUAUUAAAAUAGGCUUCACUACAAUAUACAAUCAUGCACAAAGAAAGAUAACUCUAACUCAAAUUUAUAUUUGCCCAGCUUAUUUAUUUUGAAUGAACAAAAUUACAAAAUGAAAGCAACCUUUGUCCUUUCAGUCCUUACAAGCAAUUUUAUAAAAAUUGAUAUGUACAAUAAUCACAGUUUUCUUAAGUAUCUAGAGAGUUUACGGAAAACCAAGUGUUAUAUACUGUGUCAUAUUGUAAACAUUUAGACAUUAGACGGUAUAAAAACAAAUAAUCUGUAUUAUUAGUAAUAAAUUCAGGCAGCUUAAGUUUUUGCAAUACUGUAAAUACAAGAUAAAUAUUUGAAAGUCUUGAGAGGGAACAAUUUUACAUUUGUAAGUGCUUACUGGAGCAUGGGCAUAUGUUGUAUAUAUCUUAAUGAUCACAUUUUUAAUAAAAGAAAAUGUAUAAAUGCUAAUAAGCUGACAAAGUUAAAAUGAAUGUAAGGUAUACAUGUGAGUUUAACAUCAAACCUGUUAAUUUGUAUGAAUACAUUUUGAGUUUAUUUUUGGAGUAGUUUUUCAUUUACUAUUAUGAGAUGACUAAAAGUUUCAUCUGUAGAAUGGCAGGUAGGUGUACAAACCAAUCUGACAGAAACAUGACUGAUUUAUUUUCAUUUAAGUGAUGUUUUUGCUGAGAGCAUAAAGCAUUAAACCCCUUCUGUCAGUCUGCUCCUGGUAAUUUGUAUGUCACCAUUUGACAGGUACAUAUUUGAUCAAUGAUUCACUCAAGAGUCUUUAUGAAUGAAAAUUAGAAAUGUUUAAGGGAGAAGGACUUGUAAGAAUCAUCCAUAGAGAAAUGAUCAAGUAAUCAGUGCACAAAUCUACUCGACAUGUAAUAGGGUCACCUGACUAGUUAUUGUUGUUGAUAUUUGUGUUUAGGUUAGUUUCAAGUAGAAAAUCAACUGAAAUUGAUUGAAAGAGUCCCUGCAAAGUGUAUGUUUCUAUCUUAUAGGGGUAAUUAAUCUGAACUUAAUGUCAUUUUCGUAUUUUAUUGAGCUAUUUAUAUUAAGACUGUCGGCAUAUCAUUCACUUAAAAUUAAUAAUUCAGACAGACAUUUCUGCAUGCUCCCCUUUGUUGUAUAUAAUUCGUUAUUGACAACCUCAAAUUACAUAUGAUGUACAUUUUAUUUAUUUGAUUAUCUUGUGUCAAUCUCGUGCCAGAUGUAAAGCCUAAGUCCCAUUCAAUUACAGUUUACACAUUUCAAGUUAUGCUAUUUUAUACAUACAAAUGUUCAUUAUAUAAUUUA